AUGGCCGAUACUAUUGCUACUUUUGGAGAUAUUACAGAGUACGCUGCAAGUGAGAUGCUAUUUUCUGAAACAGGGGAAGUGCAACAAGCCGCAUUUCCCCCGUACCCCCCCUACGAGACAGAACAAGCUCCACCGUCCGUCGCCGACACUAUAUUAGCUGGACGCGACCUCCGGGUUAAACACAAAUCCACGCCGAAGAAGUCCGUGCGGAAACCGCCGAAACCAGCGAGGCCUAGAGGCCCGAAGGCUACAGACGUGAAGAUGAAUAAACGUGCGAUGCGAGCACAUGCGAGAUGCUUGCGGCGUCAUGGGACAGUACUAACCGACCGCUUGGAGCGCAUGUCAAAGCCACCUCGUCGAACUAUUAUUUAUCUGUGGCGAGAGCAUGCCAACUCAUUACCAGCUGAAACGAUUGCUCGAUUGCGAUGUAUGUUAGACGCUGACGAACCCUUUAAACCUGAUCAAGCGUACGAAUACUUUGUUAAUCUUCGGAAGACGAAGAAAAAGGUUACCACCACUCGUGGAGUGAAUCAACUGAAAAAAGACAUGGUUGCGAUGUAUGCUGACAAACGAUUUUUAUGGGCGCGCAACGCUACAGUAGCCUUUGCUAAAGGCAUCCAACAGCGGCUGUCAAGACCUGGAGCAUACGCAUUGGCUGACGGGAUGCUACGAUUGUCCAACAUAAUUCUGGAAGAUAUUUGUGGAAGUAUGAAUAUGAAGGCGCCAUCCAGGCGCUGCACGCAUCCUAAAGCUAAGUUUAUGAUGGAAAUGUCAGACAAAGUAGCAGUUUGGAUUGAUGAAAUUCUUGCAGAAAGCGAUGACCGAAUGUUGAUGAUGGACUUCGAUGAGGACGACGAAGUUGAACAAGGAAUUGGUGAUGACGACAAGCCUGAAGGAGGUGGUAGUGGUUUGACGGCAACUAUGACUUCGACCGCCUUACCUCCCAGCACACCUGCCGAAACACCGGCCGCAACUCCAGCUGCCACGCCUGUCGUGACACCAGCAAAUACACCAAAGCCUUCCAAUAUUUCCUUACGUAAAGAAUAUGUUACAGGAGCUGAUGAAAAGGGUGAUAUGGGCUUUGCUGACGAUUUCCUUAACAUGAUGGGCGAUGGUGGACUACUUGAAGGACGUGAAAUGUUAGAGGUUUUUAUGAUUUUGACCGAAUCUAUGUUUAAAAAGGGUGACGAAAAGUUGAUUACUCAUGGGAAAUUUAAUCAAACUUAUAAGGAAGCAGCUGACGAAUUAAAACAAGCGCAGGAUUUUGUUGCGACGCAAUUUAAUGCAACAUUAGCAACCAAAAUAAAAAAAGGGCUGGACGACACUGCUAAACCUGACACACCGAGUAAUAUUGCUCGUCCUAUGCAAGAAGAUAAAGGGCCGGCGUUCAAAUUACUUGUAAAGGCUAUGCAUGCUAAAGGCAAUGCACCGUUGUUUAUAAAGGGAAAAGCGAAUGAAACUUAUACUAAAGCUGCAACACUACUAGAAAAAGCUAGGGGCUUGGAAAGCGAUCAUGACGACCCUAACUUGUCACAAGAAAUUCAUUCUAAGCUCACAAAACUGGUUGAAACGCAGACUCCCGCUAACUUAAAAGUUGAAAUGACCGAUACCGUAGAUAGAAGUUCAAAGUAUUUAUCGCAGUCCGCUAUUGGUGAGAUUGAACGUGGUCCGGCAUUUGACCUUCUAAUAAUUGAAUUAGAAAAGCAGGGGGCAGAUCCAUUCACGCCAGAUUUUCCUCCAGUGGCUACAAAAUUUCCUACAGCUUAUGUAUUAAAAUCGGCUCCCGGCUUUAGUGGAGUAGCACCAGAUCAGAAAACGUCUCCAAUUUUUGUUGAUGCAUUGCAUCGAGCAGUCGACUUAGUUACACCUAAAUCACUAAUAAAAGAUAUGAACGAGGUUAUUCUAAGAUGCUCGAAUUACUUAUCUGCAUUUGUGAGAGACAGAGAUAAAUCGUUGCAAACACUUCUGAAGAUGAUGAAAAGUAACCCAAGAAAAGAAUUAUGUAAAAGAGAAAAUUAUGAAAUGAAUUAUGGAACCGGUGCAGCUGAGAUUGAAGCCGCUCCCCUCCUUGUCCCUUUUGCGCCUAUCAAAGAUAUCGCAGAUGAAGCAAAGUCUAAUUUAACUCGAGACAUGCAAAGCGUAACGCCACCACAGCUGACAUUGUCAAUGAAAGCUUUGAUUCAAGAUGUUUCAAGAUACCUAUCUCAACCCUUUGCUUUAAGAAGUGGCCUUGGUGGCAAACGCUAUCCAGUGGAUUUAUUGGCAGCUGUCUUGACAUCAAUGGGAAGACGACCUCUUUUUAAGUACAAGGCAUAUGGUCAAACUUAUGCAGAUGCCGGCGAAGUAUUAAAGUAUUCUGGUCUGCUUAAAUAUGAUCCUGGGGCUGAAAAGCUACAUCAUGAAAUUUUAUCUGAAAUGCAGCAAGGAGUACCUGAGAGGUUAUCUCCGACUUUAAUAAAUGAUUUGGAAGUUACAAUGGAUGAUGCAUCGAAGCAUUUAGCCAAAAUCGGCAUUGAGAAAGGUGAAGCUUUGCAACAUUUAGUUAACUUGAUGAAGGAAGAAGGCGAUGCACCACUUGGUCUGAUACAAGGCUAUGAACAGAGUUACAUUGAUGGGGCUAGAAAGAUUGAAAAAGCUGUUAGUUUAACUACUGAAAAGGUUGAUAAAGGGGCUUAUGAAUCUGUAAGAGAAAAACUUACAAGUUUAACAGAGAGAAAACGAUCACCUCAGCAUGCAAAGCAACUGCCCGGUAAUGAAGAAAAACUUCGGAUGUUAGCUGAUUUAAUGGCACGUAAGGGAGAUCAAAUUUUAGGUCAAGAUGGUAUCUAUAAAAUAACAUACGCUGAAGGUGGAGAAGAAAUAAUGAAAGCACCUGUGGCAAUAACACCAUCGCAAGACAACGCAAGACAGGAAAUGGUUCAAAAGCUUAAUGCUGUAAUACCCGAGAAAAAGUUGCAGGAUUUACUGAAAGAUACUGUUAAUGAAGGAGCGGCUCAUUUAGACGAUAUUAUCAAAGGAAGAGGAGCGGCUAUGCAGGUCUUACAUGAUAGGAUGGCAAAAGAAAAAGAUAAAGAGUUUUUGAAUGUUGGAAAGUUCUCGAAAACCUACAUACAAGCAGCUGAAAUGCUCGAAAAAGCACCACAUUUUGAAGGACUGCAUCCUUCACCUGUACUAUUAGAUCAAGUUGGCAAACGCAUAAAUGGUAUACCGACAACUGGAGCUUGCGAAAUAGCAAAGCGUCACUUACCAGAUGCCGCUAGUAUAACAGCGUCGUACCUCGCUGGAAUAGCCACAAAAGAAAGUGGAUUAGAUGAAAAGGCCCUCGCAGCAUUAUAUGCAAGUCAAGGCGGAAAAGAGAUCAAGGCCAACAUACGAACUGCAUCCGGUGGAGUAGGCGCUGGUUUAGCUGGAAGUGCUGGAAGUGCUGGAACAGGCGGAAAAUUUGAUGCUCGAACUGCAUCAGGUGCAGACUCUGGUGUUUCCAGAAUUACUGGUGCUGGUGCAAGUUCGCGUUCAGCUCUAGUCUCCUCGUCUGCAGCCGCCAGCGGGGCAGAAGCAGAAAGAAGUUCUGGCGUCACUAGGAGAAAUGAAGAAGAACUAAGGACACAGAGCAAAACACGAGCAAUUGGAGAAGAAGAACGUCGUCGCAGUGCCGGUAGCUUUCAACUUCGUGGUCAAGCACAAGAUUUCGAUCCUGAACGUGAACAAGCGAUGCGGAUUCUGCAUGGACAACUACGCGCGCGUGGCCGCGAAAUAUUAUACAAACAACCGCAUACUGAAUUGACUCUCAUGCAGGCAUCCGAAUGGCUUUCGAUGAAACCGCCCAUGAAAGUGGACAAGAGUGUUAAAGAAUCUGGAGACACAGCGCGCCUUCAUAAGAAGUUCGAAAGGAAACUUAGUGCUCUUGUUAACAAAGUGACUCCUCCCUAUAUGAUUGAUACUAUGCAAGACGUGAUAAUUGAGUCUUCAAGGUGCCUUUCGGAAUAUUUUGUAUCCAAAAACUACAAGGAACUUGUCCGGAUCGGUCUGAUAUCUGAAAUGCAGAAGCGUGGCAAUGAGAUACUGAUAGAAGUCGACGGAGCUGUGGAGACAUAUUUUUUUGCAGCUCAGAGACUGAAAAAGACCGACUCAUUGGAAGUAUCAGAACCGUGUUCACAAGUGGCCUACAGUAUAACAAAGAAGUUAGAAGACAUGAUAAGGUGUCGGUCUAUGGCUCGGAAAUUAACGCCAGCUAUGAAAGUUAAGUAUAAGUUCGUGCGCAGAUUAUGCACUUUCAAAGGGACCUACGGUUUAUUCCGAAGUAUCUACUUAUUGUUCCUUUUGAACACAGAUCACAUCCACGAUGCAGCAGAUUGUUUAUCAGCUUACGUAACGAAACCAGAUGAAAAAAUCGAAGCAUACGUUACACUGCUUAAUGAAAUGGAAGCGGAAGGUGAAUCUCUACUAAUAGAAGGUGACAUACCAAAAUCUUUUAAGGAUUCUGCAGCAUAUCUAAGACAACUGACAACGUUUCAAGAUGAGAUAUCACUAUCAAAUUCUUCUUUGCAAUCGGCCACUGUAAUGAAAAUAAAUAGCCUUAUGGCUUCAGUCACUCCAAGAGGAUACAGCAAGUCUGUUAUGAGUGGUGUUAUAGUUGAAUCCACUAGGCUGUUGGUCUCGUAUAUUGUACUACAAGGAAUAAAAACUGAGGCUCUCAAAGUCCUAAUAGAGCAAAUGGACAGACAUGGACAGAACGUUUUAUUGCGUCAUGGAACACUCCGUAAAACCUAUUCAGAUGGUUCUGAUAUAUUACGUUCAAAGAACGCUGAUCAAUUAGGCGUGCUAAGCGCUGAUCCUGUAGUGGCGAGAAAGAUUCAAAUUAAACUUCGUAAUUUAAUGUAUUCUUGCACGCCUGAUAAAUAUCUAACGCUUAUGGAUGAUGUUAUUGAGGAUGCUACGUUGUACCUCGCCGUACACUUCUUACAACCACGAGUCAUUCAAGUUUGCAAGUGCAUGAAAAAUGUUUUCGUCCAGUGUGAGCUUUGGUGUGACGAAAUAUUACGCCGCAUGGCUCGUCCAUGUUGCACGUGCUCCAGGCACGUUUCUGCGCAAGCUCUAGCCGAUCUAGCUGGUCCAGGACAACAGAUAUUAGUCAGUCCUAGUUGUUCUCGAGCAUAUGCUCCUGGUAUCGAGAUUUCUGUAAAACCCUGUCCAUCCAGACCCAAUAAAUUUUUAAACCAAGAGAGGCAACCAUGUCCAGCCGAAAAUCCAAACGAUGGAUGUAAAGGAAGUACAACUCCUUCAUACUGUUUAUAUUCAAGCUCUUACUAUCACCGAUAUCCAUAUAGUACCAGUCCAGAGAUCCUACAAUCUUCUUUGGAUUCCGAGAAAAUACAAUCGCAGGGACUUCUACCUAGCAAUUUAUCGUCUUCGAUGCUAUUCCUGGAUUCUACGGAAAAUUCCCCUACUUUGUUCAACGAACAACCCGAAAAACUGUCUAUAUUAGAAAGACGCGAGCCGCCUGGUCUACCAGAGGAACGAAAAAAAGAGAGUGAUUCAUCGCCACCUGUUUCUUUUUACACUCCUGGGAGUACGAAUUCGGAUUCCUUCAAUGCUGCACAACCAUUUUGGCAAACACCAACUACGAUGUUUACUAAAGUGAAUACUCCAUUUGAGAGAUCACCAGACGAGUCAACACCUACCUCUGUAACAUUACCUAGAAGAAUGGCUGCAGUGAAACGUGGAUAUACUGCUCGAGCACCAAUCGUAACGACAGAUCAAAUGACAGACUGGCAUGCAAUGAUGAUAAGUUUGAUGUGGAACGUUCAAGCAUGGCGGAUUUGGAUUCAGGAUAACAUGAAUCGAGCAGUUAUGUAUAUUUCUCCCAGAGAAAAUGAAUCCCAAGGAGAAUCUUGGACGACUUUUUCAAGAAGAGUGGCUACAGAAGCUCUGCAAUGGAGGCAAUACAAUAACUUCAGUCGCCAACUGACGCUUCGCCUAGCUUUAAGAUAUCGAGAUAAGAAAAUUGUGUCCCCAACACGGGCUACGGUUAAAACCGACAUUUACAUAGAGUGCCAGAAUGAAAUGUUGGACAUCAUUGACAUGUUCAAUCGUUGGACACGAUGGUUGGCCGUGGUUAUAAAGGAAACUGAUUCUAUACCGCUGUCCGAUUCUCAAAAGCCAGCAUUCGAAGUGCAAUGGAAGUAUUUUAAAACGAAAGUGGAAGAGUACUUAGACGAUUGGGACAAGUAUAACACUCAUCUGAAGGUGUGCUGGGAGCAGAAGUACAGGUCACUUAUAUCAGAUUGGAUUCCCACGGCGUCGUGGCGUCAGCCCGGACCAGUGUGGGUGGUCAGCGCGUGCGGUGCGGUGCCGAGUGGCGCCGUGGCCGCCGGCGUAUAUGAGGGUGAAGUCACAUGGGUCGCUAGAACCACGCAUAGACGUAACGUCCUACCUGCAGCCCUACACCCAGCAAAGCACUGCUGCAUAGUGUAUAGUGAUGGUGCAGUGCAUCAUUAUACUAAAUAUCAGGUGAUGUGUAACGCUGAAGUGUCGUGGGUGGCGUGCCGUGCUGCCGGGCUGGCUAGUGCAGGCGGCUUGGGUGGUAUGGACAAGAUAGGCGCACGGGCGGUUAGGGUAGCGCCAGGCGUCCAUGUGGGCCGCGUGCACUACCGCGGCUCACACCUCGUGGGCGCUGUACACGCACCCAUGUAUUGCUGCCACGUCGUCAUUUUCGGCAGACCUUUUGCCUUCAAUUGCUACGAGUUACUCGUUCUUGCGCAAAGCGACAGAUAAUCUACCUUAAGCUUGAAAAAAAUUAUGGCGAAUGAAUUGAAAUUUGAAGUUUGGUGCGUUCAAUCCCGAUGUUGUAGAUUGAUAUUGGAUUGAAAUUUAGCUAGGAAAAAAUCCUGAGAUAUUAACUAGGCUAUUGAAAUUCAUUUCAUGUUAUUAAAUUAAAUGCAUGCAUCUUUAACAGAGCGUUAGAUGAUCGAGAAUCAAAUUUUAAAUAAUGUUGACGUCGGAAUAAAGUUAAAAUUGACGUUUGAGGAUGAACUCAAACUUUAUCUUUAUGGAAUUUCUAGUUUUCUUAAAUCAUUGUAUUUUGUUAUAA